CCCCUGGCUGUCCCCUGGCUGUCCCAUCCCUCAGCUCCCUCCCCGAGCAGCCAGGGGAGGGAGGGGGAUCCAGUUAAUUCCGGGUGUGGGAAUUUGUGGGAUUCUCCCCACUUUUUGUCUGUCCCGUUGAUUCCCCUCCAGCCUUGUUGUGUCUGAGCCUGACUUGGGGGCUGCUGGAAAUGUCCCCGAGCUGUGGCAGCGCCUUGUCCCCUCCCCGUGGCUCUCCGGGUGCCGGAGGAGCAGCCCCGUGCUGGAAUUCCUUGGUUUUCAGCGGGAUUCGCAGGACAGGAAGGGAGCUGACAGCCCAGGAUGGGCCGGAGCAGAGCCUGGGGAGAUAAAACUGAAUUUUCCAGUGCUGGCAUCGAGCUGGGGGGCUCCAGCUGCUGCUGGGGGGUGACAUCGAUGUGGCAGCUCUGCUGUGAUGGCCGGGAAGGGACCGGGGCGCCCGGGGGUGCCUGCCUGGGGCAGGGACCCGGCACUGGCGGGGGAUGAUGCUUUGGGGCCGGUGGUUUUGGGGGUGAUGAUUUUUUGGGGCCGAUGGUUUCUUGGCCGAUGUUUUUUGGGGCCGUGUGAAGCAGGACUCCGAUGGUUUGACGUGCUGGAGGCUGAUGGCUUUAAGAGAGAAGCGUUGGACGCCGUGAUUGAGUUUAAAAAGGGAUUUUUGGGGGAGGAAGAGCCGGCUCCUGGUGUGCCCCCAGCUCCGGGCAGGGCUUUCGGGAGCAGCGCUGGAUUUUCCAUCCUCAUCCCUGAGCUGCUGAAAGGGUUAAGGGGUGCCUGGAAGGGAUCCCAGGCUCUGCCCAAUCCUGGGAAUCCCGCGGUGCUAAUUGAGCACCGAGCCCAUCAAAGGCUGGAGCGAGGACGCUCUUUGUCCGGGCGAGCAGAGCGGCGAUGUGGCUCCUCCGCAGCCUCGCCUGGGCUCUGCUGAGCCCCGUCCUGGCCGCCGAGCUCAGCCGGCAGGAGAGCUCCCUCUUAAAAUCGCUGGGCCUGAGCGCCAAGCCCAGCCCCAAAAGCGCCGUCCCGGUGCCGCCCGUGCUCUGGAGGAUGUUCCAGAGGAGGAAGACUCAGCCGCGGCCGCAGGAAGAGCCGGAUUCCUGUAGGGUGGAGGAGUUCAAUGUCCCCGGGAACAUCGUCCGUGUCUUCGCUGACCAAGGCCGCUUCCUCCCCGAGGGGCAGCCCCGGGGCCGGCUCUGUCUGCGGAAGCUCCUGUUCUUCAACCUCUCCGCGCUGGAGGAGGGCGAGCGCCUGACCAUGGCGCAGCUGGAGCUGCAGUUCCACCACAACUCCUACCAGCCGCCCGGGCCGGGGCAGGUCCUGGAGCUCCGGCUGUACCCGGCGUCCCCCCGGGGGCCGCCGCAGCCCGGCCGGAGGCCGCUGCUGGAGCGCUCGUUCGUGCGAAUGCACAAAUCCCUCCUUUUCGAGCUGAGCGCGGCGCUCAAGGACGGCAAAGUGCCGGGCGGGGAUUUGGCCUUGGUGCUGGAGAUCUCUGCCGGGGACGGCGGGAGCCCGCGGAGCCCCUGCGCCGGCAGCGACGCCUUGGCGGCCACCUCGCUGCUGGCGGUGACGCUGGGGCGGCGGUGCCGGGCCCGCAGGAGGAGGAGCAGCGCCCCGAGCCCCGCGGUGAGCCCCAGCCCGCUGUGCAAACCCCGCCGGCUUUACAUCAGCUUCAGCGACGUGGGCUGGGAGAACUGGAUCAUCGCGCCCCAGGGCUACCUGGCCAACUACUGCGGCGGGGACUGCCCCUUCCCGCUGGCGGCCGAGCUCAACAGCACCAACCACGCCGUGCUGCAGACCAUGGUGCACUCGCUGGACCCGCGCGGCACCCCGCAGCCCUGCUGCGUCCCCGUCAGGCUCUCGCCCAUCUCCAUCCUCUACUACGACAACAGCGACAACGUGGUGCUGCGGCACUACGAGGACAUGGUGGUGGACGAGUGCGGCUGCAGGUAGCGGGGGAAGGAGCGGGAACGAGCCCCGAACGAGCCCCGAACGAGCCCCGAACGAGCCCCGAACGAAAUCCCCGCCGUGCUCGGGGCGUCGCGGGGCGCCGGGGGCUCCCGUGCACAGCGGGGUUGGGGCCGGGGUUGGUCGGGCUGGGGUUAUGGGGUUGCGGGGUUAUAGGUUAUGGGGUUAUAGGCUAUGAGGUUAUGGGGUUGUGGGGUUGUGGAGUCAUGGGGUUGUGAGGUUAUGGGGUUAUGGAGUUAUGAGGUUGUGAGGUUAUGGGGUUGUAGGGUUAUGGGGUUAUGGAGUUAUGGGUUUAUGAGGUUAUGGGUUAUGGGGUUAUGAGCAAGCCUGGCGCCGGUUCCCUCCCGCGCAGGGGGUGGUGGCUCCACGCUGUGAACCCCGGGCACCCCCAGGGAUCCGGCUUUUUUUUUUCUUUUUUUUCUUUUUUUUUUCUUUUUUUUUUUUUUUUUUUUUUGGCCGAACUCUGCAGAUUUCUCAGGGUAUAAAGGACUUUUCUGGGUGAAACGGGCCCGGGGUUUGAUCCAGCUGCAGGGACAGGGGCGGGGUGACCAAAUCCCCUCGCAGAGGAGGCGGAGCCGGGCAGGAGCUCAGGAGCUUCCUCCUGUGCUCUGGGAGCUCCUGUCAGGAUGUGCUUGGUGAUGGGGCCGUGUGGGGACAGGGCGGCCAAAUGCACUGGAGGUUUUGCCUAAAAAAUUGGAGAUUUUAACAAAAAAAAAAAAAAAAAAAAAAAAAGGAAAGCCCCGGGAGCCGCGUGCCAAGGGCAGGAUCCCGCCGGGAAUGUGGAAUCCAGGGGUGUGCUGGGGUCCGCGGCAUCUCCUCCCCUCCCAGCCCGCUUCCAGUCAGUAUUCAUUUACCUCAUCUGCAAAUCGAUGAGCCCGGGGUGUCCCGAGUGUCCCCGGGCGGCAGCCGAGCCUCGGGCAAGGGCAGAGCGCAGAGCUCUGCGCAUUUUAGCUUUUUCGGGUUAUUUUUGGUGGAUUUCUUGGUUUCUGGGUGGCCCCAGGCUCUUCGGGAGUGGCUUGGAAGUGCAGCAGGGACCCAAAUUUGGGCCAUUUCCCACCCUGGACCGCUUUUCUCCAUUCCCAGCGUUUUGGGCUCGGGGUUUUGCCAGGUUUGGAGCCGGGGCCCAGCUCCUGAGCUGUUCCCUAAAUGUGUAAAAUCACCACAGCCAGGCUUCCCCGCCACCUCUGGGAUUCCGGGAGAACCAGAAAGGAAUCCCAGUUAGACUUGAAUUUUUUCCUCUUUAUUUUCGAACUGUGAAGGCGUAGUGCAGCUUCGGCGUUUGUUUUUUUUCGCUGUUUCCUGAUGGCGUUGUGUCUUUGAGGUCUGAUGAAGUUUUCCCUCCUCCUCCCCCAGGGGAAGCACUGAGGGUUUAACCACUGCGGGUCCCUUGUGAUGUUUUUUUUUUUGGUUUUUGUUUUAACACCCAAAAUGUGGAGCUGAAGACCCAGAGCUGGAUUCACAUUCCCAAAUCCAGGUGUUUCCCACCCAGCCCUGCCCUAUU